AACGCGACUCAGCGUAUUAUGGCGGUCAUGGUUGGGAGGACUGUCGGUGGAUGGGAUCAUUACUCCAUCGCCGCCUUGGUCUUGGACGAGGUUUCCGGAAGUCAGGCAUUGAAAACGCUAGUACGCGGCAACUGUCCUAGCACAACGUUCGAAUUGGUGCCGGGACAAACGAUGCAAUCCUGUGCAUCGAUGUGCGACUACAAAGCAAGAUGCGUGCUUGCUGGUUGGACAGCGGGAAAUUGUAGUCUGUCGGACUCGAUUGAAACAUCGUCCCAAGUCAAUUGUAGCUAUCCGAUUGCGUACAGUUUCACCUACAAGCAAGAGGUGACGCCGGUGACGACAGUGAGAUUUCUCGACGGAGAUUUAGACAGGUACGAGCGUGGUGGCGAAAUUUCUAUCGAUUUUCACGGCGCGUUUGCCUCCCACGUACAACUAACCUUUCGCAAUAAGACACAGGAAUGGUCCUGUGUACCCAUUUUGGGGAGUAACCAGUCCAACUGCACGCUGGUGGACGUAGAGCAGGUAUAUCCGCUUUGCGAGAGUAGCAAUUUUACUUUAGCGGACGUUAUUCAAGUCGAAAAUCAGCAGGAUGUACCGGUGGAUCCAAGGACGACGAUCUAUUUGUCUCCCGAUACCGUACUCGAUGCGGCUCUUGGCGGUUGUUUUCUCGACGUGAACUAUGUGCAGGACAAGAAUUUUCGAUUCCUCCUUGAGCCUGAUUUCAAGGAGAAUGUGACGCAGCUUGAUUUUUCGGCGGUUCUCCUCAAGGCUAAUUUCGGGAGCAUAGUGACGACCGUGGUCGCACCAAGCGACGUGAUGUACCGGUCGGACACCUUCGUGCUGAGUGGGGAGAUUAUGGAUAAUCACCUCGAAUGGACCGGACUUACGUAUGCAGACACGAAUCCGAACUGCAUGUUCGUGGGAGGCAAUCUCUUGUGGGGAUUUAAUGCGAAUUUCGACCUUGACGACGUGAGUAGGAACCCCCUCAGCUUUUUCGGUGUGCACAUGAUGGAUGGUGAUUCGGUGGUAAACUCGACUAGUUUUAAGCUAGUUAGUCCGACGCAAAAACCGGUAUACGUCUUCGAAAACGAAGGAACAAAUGAGGAUGCCUAUUCGCAUUGGGCUAUUUUCGCACAGACGCCAGUGGGAAUGCACACGCAUAACGUAAGACUUUCUUAUCGAGAAAAAUUUCUUUCCUUGCUCUUCUUCAGAUUUUCUUUCUUUACUUUUCUUCAAGUAAGGUUAUUUUUUGUUAAUGCAGUAUUUUGUAGGUACCGAUGAAAGCGUGCAUCUGCCGACGACGGUAUGCGGUUUCCGUUAGACUAAGUAUGAAGCUACUACUUGUAGUACACUUACUCAUUUAAGAUUGUCGCACGCUAGGGCGGUUUGAGUAUAAAGUAAGUGAUAUUUUUUGACUACGAGGCCGAGGCGCCGUUUCCUAUCCUAGUAUCCUUUCCUUUCCUACUUGUUCUAACUUUCUAGUAUUUUAUAUAAGUAUAUAUAUAAUACUACGUACUGUAGGUGCUCGCAAAAGUUUUCUACGAUCUUGGGUAUCAGCCCAAAAUAUCAAAUAUUCGAUUUCCCGAUGCUGACGGCGCUGGAGGAUUCGUAGGAGGCUGUGUCGUCUGGGAUAUUGCCUUCACCAACACAACGUGUCUUACAUACGGCCUGCUCUACAAGAUGGUAGAAUAAGAAUACUUCGUAAAAAGCUCAGCAUACAUGAAGAGCAUACUACCCGCAGUUUGAUUGUAAUUUGCAUUUUCUAGUGAAUUUACUUUCUUUGAGGAGCAUGCGAGCAAAUCCAUUCUCGUGUGAUAGGCAGCCUCACUCUAAGAAACGCAUCACGAGAUUUGGUUCCGAGCUCCAAACAACUACAUGGGUGGAGCAUUUCUUGGAAUGCUGGGGAAGGUCAACGUGAGUACACGGACAUUCGACAUACCAAAAAAUUUAUGCGGUCUGAAGAUGUGGAGGAGUAAAGAUGAAUGAGGAGGCCUAAGUCUUACUUCAAAAACGAUCGAUAAAUAUAGAGAAGCCUUUGUUUUCUUUGAAGUGACCAUGACCUUGGAAAUAGGAAAAUUGCUUGGCUGCCGUGGAUGUUAUGUCGUUAUUAUCCCGUCCACUAUGGACACUAGCACCAUGGACACUAGUUGUCGUGCUCAUGAUCUACUACCUUCUGACAACUUCCUUGCAUCAAGAUUAACCCAUUUUUUUCAUAUUUCACGCCGAUGCCUGUGCCGGAGAAUAUAGGAGUGUGGUACGUCGUCCUAAAGAGCGGCUUCGUGAGCAAGGACUUGGAGUUAAGGGCAGCACUGCGGUAAAUCCAUAACUCGCGUCAUCCAUUAUAAAGAUAGCCAAAACUAGAUGCACCAAUACAGGAUGGAUGGAUUCGUCGGAUGGUACGGGUUUCCCCCGGGGACGGCGAGUAGUUGCCUAUCCUAUUCUAUCGUCUUCUCUUGUCCUUGUGUUGAUACCUUUCUCAAUGUCGUGUGUUCCGUAUCUAUGGAGUCUAGCUCUGAAGGCAAAGCCUGUGGUAGAGUCUAACCGAAAGUGGCAAAGUGAAUCCACGGGAGCACUUGGAAGCUAAGCUGAUCUACACGCCAGACCAAUACACAGGCGAACUGGACUGGCCAAAAAGCUUUGCCAUCGAUCUAACCAUCAUUAUGAACAGGACAAGGCUCACUCUGGUAAGCAAUUAUUUGAGUGUAUCGUCUUUAAAGAUUUAUUUUAUGCGAUUGUUUCAUCUCAUGUGGAAUUUUUUUGACUAUCUAAGGUUUGCUCGCUUAUUAAGUAGCAUUGCAUCUAAUCUCUCUGGGAGGAACAAGAACCUGUACAACGACGACUUGUUUACGUAUCCUUUUCCGAACGCGUUACAGCGAGUGGAAUAUAACCAAAUUGUGAACUCUCCACUGAGCCUAGAGCAGUGGUUUUCUUUGCUGAGUGCGGGUUCCGUCCAUAUCCUCAUGACCGAGGCCAUGAUAGAGUAUGGCAAACUAAGUAGGCUCUUCUUGCCCCUCUCGCAGUAAAAUCAGUAAAGGCCACGGCCAACUAAGGGAGUACUAAAACAAUCAAUAUGGAUAAAGAAAGAUGAUGAUAGACUUUGAGUUGUUCUAGGUACACCUCAUCAUUCAUAGAGUGAACGACGGAAUUUGACACCUACAUCACCCUACUCAAUAAAGUUAAUGACGAUGCUGUCAGCGAUUUCUUUUACAAAAGUGAUAAGUGUACAGGUCAACGCCUAAACCACUAAGCUAACUGCGCAAUUAGCCUAGUGGUUUAGGCCGUGACCUGUACGCUUAGCAAAAAGUAAGAUCAAGAUGAAUGACUGAGUCAGUAGAGGUAGACUAUGAAUGAAUGUGUAGGUGAACUACUGGUGGCACCAUCAGCAUAUGUUCUUCGUAUACCGACGCAAUCUCCUCUCGUAGUUCAAUCCUUCUGCUCCGUACCCGUUGAAGAGUAGAGUUUUUUCUUGCUCCUUCAUAUUCGACACCAGUAUCUCCGGAAUGUAAGUGCACCCCCGCUGGCGCCAGAAGAGGUGAUCAACUUUUUUCCGGUCGAGCUGAAUCCCGACACCAACCAGUGCAUUGUGGUAUGGAUGGAAGAGGACUAUUGAUUCCUGUCCCACCACGCUACUUGUAUUUUAUCCCAUUCGUCCUAUCCUGAAAAUAUAUUUUUAUUUAUAUAUUCAAUACUCUUUCUUUUCCUAGUUAGCUUGGCUCUACCCGUAUAUAUUCAAUACUCUUUCUUUAGUAAUCAGUGGCCUCAUCUUCUAGCCGCGUCAUCCGAAGUGGGCUGUGAAGCCGAACAGGCCUACACAUUACUUCUCGCGAAGCCGUUGCACCUAGCAAUCUGGCGUGAGUGAGGCCAUUGAACUUAAGCUUAAUAGAGAAACUUCAAUUUCAAAUGAGGCUAUUGAUGUCUUGCAAGGGGUUUCAAGUUUACGCUGUAGUUGUCACUAAUUUAUCGUUGCCCCUUGAUUCUUCUAUCUUCUUGGGUCGAUAAGUAGACGUUCCUUCUAACAAUCGGUGCGAUGCUUAACGCACCACUAUGUUGGACACAAGCGCAUGACCCCAAUCUCCAGUAUUGGACUACACCGGUUAAGGCAUCUAGAAGGAGAAUUUCAUACUUGUUCAUUGGAUGAUGUUCUGGAGAAAGAAUUUGAUACUUGUUCACUGGAUGACGUUGGUUCUGGGAAAAGAAUUUCAUAGGGGUUUCUGGCACAACUUUAUACACAUGCAUUCAUAUUGUUCAUUGCGUGCUGGUCGGGAAGGCUAAGUUCACACUUGUCCAUUAUACAACAAACAUGAUGUAAGAGAAUAUACUCAAGAUACUUGUUCAUUACAGCUAGCAGACCCUCCGCUACAGACAGACUCUUUGCCCCUUUAGGGCAUGACGAAAUGACACGCAAAAUACAAAUUGUGUACAUGUACUUUGUUAAAAACCAGGAAUUUUUACGUACCAGAUUUCAUCUCCACCACAGUUUAAAACUACGGAAUAACUACAAGAGACUAGAAGCAAGGCUUGAUGAUGAGGAUGGGGCACGCGCGCUCUAAGGUAUUACCAGAGAGGAAGAUCGAGUGUGCGGUCGGGAUGGACGGUUUACGAACGACGUUGCAGCCUCUCCAGUAUCUCUGCAGGUACUUACGUACUACACGAAGUAUAAUUGAUAGAAUAAAUAAAAAUAGUUGUUGUUUUUGUAGCCAUUCAUACUUUCGUCAAUUUUUUUCAGGUACUGUACGAUGGAGAUACACACAGUCGCGGACCCUAUGACGGGACUUCCCAAGGCCUCAACGCGCGCAGCGUGUGCGCUAUCAGAGCGCGAAAAGUGUGGCACGCGAACAAUAGAUUUUUCGCAAAUAGACGUCGUGCCCGAUACCUCAACUGUCGACGUAUCUUUGUAAGCUUUGUAGAGUUUUCCGUGGUUUUCUGACCGUGGUAGAUUGAAAAUUCAGUACAUCCAUCGUAUUAGCAAUAUGCGCGGAGGUUCGCGUGAGAUUCCUAUUCCACCAAGUAGUCUGUCAUUCUGGUUUGGUUCCGGCUUCUCUGCAUACACCUAGAUCAAAAAAUGUAUCUGAGACAGAAGAUAUCUUCAUAGUAUGUGUCGUGACAUGACAAGUAGGUCUAGAUACUGAAUACGUUUUGGAAAAAAUGACUCCUGCUUACUCCAACUCCUUGGCUUUCUAGAACAGACUCCCGACUCUAUGACUUCUUAGACUCUCAAGCUCAUACGAAACGCUGGCUAGUACGCUUACGACAGAAGUACUACUUCUCAAGCUUAGUCUACCAAACGUUGCUUAAUAUGUACAUGCUGGCUGCUUAAGUUGUACAUACAAUUCCAGAAAUUUCACAACCCCAUCUCAAGCUUCUUAUACCAAUCGUUGUUUACAGAGGUCCUUCGCCUUCUCAAGCUCAUAUGAAACGUCGCUUCUCAAGCUUAAAUGAAACGUUGUCUGAUUUUGAUAAUAGAUGCAGAACCAACUACUUGAUCGCUAUCAUGCUUUCAUCCGUGUAUCCGUAAUACUGGGGCUGCUCUUUCAGCUGCGUGCUGACGCUGACGUGACGAUGCCUGUAGAAGGUGUACAAUUUCAACAUCGGAGCCAGCUGCUUCGACCUACGGGAAGAAGAUUGAAAGACGUCGU